AUGAAAUUAGAAAAUAAAACAUUUAUUGUUACUGGUGGAGCCAGUGGUCUUGGAGAAGCUACCGUUAGAGAGCUACACAAAAGAAAUGCAAAUGUUGUCAUCUUUGAUAUGAAUGAUGAGAGUGGAAAUCAAUUGGUAAAGGAACUUGGAGGUGAGAGAGCACUCUUCCAGAAUACAGAUAUCACAAAUGAAGCAUCCGUAAAGAAUGCAAUCAAAGAGACAUUGAACAAGUUUAAAAAGAUACAUGGUGCAAUCAAUUGUGCUGGUAUUGCCGUUGCCAUUAGAACACUAUCAAAGAAAGGUGUUAUUCCAUUGGAUGUUUAUAGUAGAGUUAUUAAUAUCAAUCUUACCGGUACAUUCAAUGUAAUUCGUUUGGUUGCAGAGGUCAUCGACAAACAAGAGAUGGUCGAUGGUGAGAAGGGUGUUUUCGUUAUGACUGCUUCGUGUGCUGCAUUCGAAGGUCAACAGGGUCAAGCUGCUUACAGUGCUUCUAAAGCUGGUGUUGUUGGUAUGACAUUACCAUUGGCAAGAGAAUUUGCACCAUUGGGUAUGAGAAUAAUGACAAUCGCUCCUGGUACAUUUGACACACCAAUGUUAUCAGGUCUGCCAGAUGCAGCUACCAAAGCAAUUCUCUCAACCAUUCCAUUCCCAAAUCGUUUUGGUAAGACCAAUGAAUUUGCACAACUCGUUGUUCAUAUCAUUGAAAAUCAAUAUUUGAACGGUAGUACUAUUAGACUCGAUGGUGCACUCAGAUUAGCAAAACUCUAA